AUGACUGGCACUGAGAAUACCAACCCUGGCAACUUUGCCAACCGCCCCAAGGAGGAAGUUCAAGAGAUUGCCUCCAAGGGCGGAAAGGCAAGCCACUCUGGCGGCUUUGCUAAUAUGGACGCUGACAAGCAGCGAGAAAUUGCUUCCGAAGGAGGCAAGGCUUCCUCCGGCUCAUUUGAGCCCGGCAGUGAGAAGGCAAAAGAGGCUGGUCGCAAGGGCGGACUCGCGUCCUGA